GCUCGCCGAAUUGCUGAAGACUUCCUCAUGCCAAAGAUAAUGGACGAAGAAGAGGAUGAUGAGGCAGCAGGGGGCAACCAACGUAGUGAAGAAGAACUUAUUCGUCUUCGUGAGGACAGUGACUACGAAUCUUCUUCUUGUUCAGACUCUCACUCGGACGCUACUUCUGGGGGUUCUGAAUCUGGCCUUGAGGAUGAUGAGCUUGGUAAUGCCAUUCACGGUGAUCAGACGACUGGUACAACCUCCGAGACUGUGGCUGUUAAUGUUGUCAGUUCCGGCCCUGUUGAUGCUGAUGGACUAGCUACGACCAUGUGCCAAGCAAUAGUGGAACCAGCAGUCGGUGAAUCCUGUCAAGAAGCUAAGGAGGUUGGUCUCUCCACUGUCAACGGAGUCGGUGGUACUAGCACCAAAGUUGAGGAGGUGGACGGUUUUAAUGCAUCUCUUUCCAGUGCAGUUGAUCAGAAUUCCGAGAAGCCAGUAGUUUUGCCUUGUGCUGUUGAUCCGCCCGGUAAAAAACCUACUGCUUUGCAGAAAAAAGAGAGACGUCGCCGAGAAAGAGCUGUAAAGGCAAGAGCAGCAGUUGCUGCUCGAGAAGCUGAGGCAGCCGCUGCUAAUCUGGCUCUUUUGCCUGAAGAGCCACUUGAUCGACUCUCAAAUGUUGUUGGGCAGGCUUUGCGCGCCGGCAAAACAGUGGUAUAUUCUGUUAUGCGGUCCGCCGCCAGACAGCCUAACGGCGAAUUGAUCCCUGUUGGAGGAGGUGGAGGUGGAAGUAGUUUUAUGAUGGGUGGGAGUGGGGGCUCAACCUCAGGUUUGAUGGUUGGUCUGGGGGGUUCCCAGAAUGCAAGUGGCAUUGGCCACAUGACUCACAUGUCAAUUGCUCAUUCGAAUAUCUCUAAUCUGGGUAGCUAUGCUUCGCUCGGUGUCGAUAAAAUUCAGACAGGAAAUAUUGCUGGUGAGAUAUUUUCUUUACUUUUGCUCUGGUUACAUUAUUGUUGA